AUGGCGGCCGGCAGCAUGCGCUUCAGCCGAUUGGACGACGCAGAGACAAGGCAGGCGGCAAGCGGGCAAGACUUGGCAGAGUCGCCUGUCAAGGAAGUACCCCUCUCUGUGCUGCACAAACGUGCGUCCCCGCUGAAUCUCAGCCAUCAGAGCCUGACACACGGCUUGGACAGCGCAAGGCGGCUGGAUGCCUUGGAGUGGUUGGUCCAGGCCUUCGACGCCCUGGACCUCGCAGAUGAACAGCUAUUCGCAGCGAUUGGGCUGUUGGACCGCUUCGCCGCCGCCGCCACAGCGCCCAUCGCAGCAGGCCCAGGGGCCUUCGCACUGGUCUUGGCCGUGAUGCUGGUGGCUUUGAAGGUCUCAGGUUUCAAGAAGGACCUUGAGAGAGCCAGGCGGUUGGUGGUGGAGGUCUCGGGCUCCUCACGGCCCUGGGCUGCCGUGCGCAAGGCAGAGCUUAGCAUCCUCCGGCGCUUGGGCUUCCGUGCCUGCACGCCAACGGCCUUUGACCUCUUGGACCGACUGCUCGCCGACCUGUUCCCCUCCGUGGUGCCGCGCCUCGGCACCGCCAGCGCCGGCAGCUCCGGCGCUGGCACCGCCGCUUGCGCGGCCGCAAGCGGGCAGGAGUGCUGGGACACAGACUCACAACUCCGGUGCAGCAACCUGGCCAGGUUCCUACUGGAGAUGUGCGUCGUCUAUGACCCCGAAGCCUUGUAUGGCUCUGGCCGCCCACCCUUGGUCGCCUCCGUGGCGGCCUUGUUGCUCAGCCUCUUGGCCCAUGCAGCUCCCAAACACUACGCACAGCUGCUGGGAGAAGCAGUUCAGCUGACCGAGUCCAGCCGGACCACUUUGAUGGAGAUCGCCGAAGCCAUGCGCAAUCGCUGGGCCAUGGAAGAGCAGAAGAACGCCAUGAACAGCGGCUCAGUGGUGUUGGAGAAGUGGCGCAGACGUUCAGGAACGUUCGAAGUGUCGCCUCCUGCACCAUACGAUCUGCGAGCUCUCACCUCCGGCAUCUCCUUGGCAGCCCCGGUCAAGGCCGAGCCAGCUCGGAGCUACGCCCCUGCCAAGGCAACAGGCUCACCGAGCAGGGCCCGGCGUCUCACGGGCUCGGAGGUGCUGUCCGCAUUGCCCACGCCAGCGCGUCGGGCACCCGGAGGAGCAAGAUCGGAGGCGACCGGCGCCGGCCCCACGACGAAGCAUCCGCUCGGUCAGGGCCAGCAGGGCUUGCCGGCGCCUCGCCUCUCGCAGAAGCCGCCCAAGGAGGAGCCUCACAAACAGCCGCAAAAGCAGCAGGACGAGGAGGCCCGACGCCAGCAAGAGAACCACCGCCCACCGCGACUCUCCGCCCCCUCGGAGCCCUUGGCGUUUUGGCCCAUGCCAGCUGGGCCCCAGGGUGCACAAGGAUCUGGCGUCGAACAGCCUGCAGCCGCCGACCCAGUUGACCCUGAGCCGCUGUUGGAGCUGACGCACGUCCUGAACAUGGUGGCCCCUCGUCCACAAAUACCCCUUCCCAGCAACAUGGGCAAUACCUCAAAGCUGCAGACCCCAUCAGUGGCAGCAGACCUCUUGGUGCAGUCAGCGUUGCGCAUGCAAUGGCCGGCUGACAAGAGGAAGCUGGCACCAAAGGAUGCAGCGAGCACCUGCCGCGAAGCGGCAGGCGUCCUGCAGGAAGCUAUCAACCAGCUGUCAGCAGCUGCGAAUGUUCUCGAAUGCGGUGGAAAUGGUGUGCGCGAAGUUGUGAAGACUUCCUGCGCUGAGACGAAGCGCCGGAAGACUUAUGCCGGACCUGCCGUCCCGGGCGCCAUCUCGCCUCCAGUCGGAGGUGGUACCAGCACAGUGAGUAGCAGCUUGGCACGAGCACCAGCCGUCUAUCGCGGGAGCCCUCCCGUGGUACGGACCACUGGACUGAGAGUUUGA